CCACUAUUUUCUACUCUCACCAUCAGAGACGUACGGAGUAGAAGCUGUGCAGAAUAAGUGGGUAAAUUGUAUUCAUUUGUUUCUUGGAUAUCACGUGCCUCGCAACUCUUCUUGCCGGUACCAAACAACGUGGUGCAUUGAACUACACGGUGCUUCAGAUCGCAUUGGCUAAAGUGACCAUCGAGCAGUAAAACACCGCUACCCUAACUGAUAUCGGGAUUUAAUUGUGCUUUUUACAGUGCUUUAUCGGAUGUGUUUAUUAUAGGCUGAUGACACGAAGGAUUUUUUGAUUCAAUUUGAGAAUAAGAUAUGACUUGAAGAGUAAAUACAGAUGACAGUGAGAUUAUGAUUCUGAGAAGUAUAGCAGUUUUACUUUUAGCUGUAUGCCACAGCUGUACAGGAUGUCAAUUCUACCCCCCUGGGGAAUAUUUGAGGUUUGUCAGAGUACCAGAAAAUCUGAAAGUUGGAGAGGAAAUAUUAUCAAUUCAAGUUCAUCCUAGGAAUAGACUUCGACUCCAACCUAUAGAUAAGAUCGAAGAUGUUCAAUAUUUCACGUAUACGGAUGUCAACAGAACAACAAUAUCACUUUUGUUGGCGAAGACUUUGGAGGACCUGGUCGACACAGAUCAUCCAAGAAACGUGCUCAAAUUCAAGAUUUCCUGUGAUUAUAGCGACGGAGAAGAUGUCAUUACGUCCUCGUUGUCCGUAACCGUCUACGUGGAAGAUGUGAACGACCAUGCACCCGUUUUUGUUGGCACACCGUACAGAAUCACUGUGGAUGAGUUAACACCUGUUGGUUUAACACUCUUCAGAGGAGUUAGAGCGGUCGACAGAGACAAACCUAAUACACCAAAUUCUGAUAUUCAGUACGCUUUAGUAGCUGGCAAUCAAGAUGGAAAAUUCGCUUUGGAUAACAGUCAUCAAGCAUAUUUAACCCUGAAGAAACCUCUCGACUAUGAUACUGGCGACAGGGAAUUCAUUUUAACAGUUUCUGCAUCGGAUAGGGGAGUACCACCGAGAUCUGCAAAUGCUACCAUCCGUAUUCUGGUUAUGGAUAAUGAUGAUUUGAGUCCAAAGUUCACCAAAGGAGUAUAUCGGACGAAAAUAUCUGAAUUUUAUCCAUUAAAUGGUGAAAUAAUUCACAAACGCAUAGAUUUCGAUCCACCAAUUUUCGCCUUCGACCAAGAUGUGGCCAUAGAUGCACCAAUAAGAUACGAUAUUAUUGCCGGAAAUGAGAGACACCUCUUCUCUCAAGAUCACGUGAACGGUUCCAUAUUCCUGGAGAGAGAAAUUGAUUUAGAUUCAGAGAAAGCUCUUCCAGGAAACACCUUUGUCCUACAGAUACAAGCCGCACAGUUAGAUAAUCCUCUGAAAGCUGGAGUUGCGAGAGUGGAAGUGGAGAUUGUCGACUUGAAUGAUAAUCUUCCAGAAUUCGAAGUGGACUUUUACAACAUAAGUAUAGUCGAGAAUCUCCCGAAUGGUUUCAGCGUAUUGCAAAUAAUUGCAGUGGAUCAGGAUCAGGGUGAUAAUGCUGACUUUACCUAUCAAUUGGAUGACAAGACUGGGGCAUUCACACUAGAUUCGAGAUCUGGAUGGUUGACAGUUCGGGAACAGGCUGUUUUAGAUCGGGAAAAAAGGUCUUCAAUCUCAAUGAGGGUCUACGCCAAAGAGAAAAUGCCGAGUAUGGUUACAAACAAAAUCGGCUCAUCCUCAGUAAACGUUGAAGUUACACUUCUGGAUGCGAACGAUAACAAUCCUUCUUUUAUACCGAACAAUUUGUAUAAUUUCAUGAUCACCACCGAUGCCAGAGAAGGGGAAGCUGUUGGUAAAGUUCACGCUGUUGAUCCAGACUUAGGAAGAAAUGGUUUGGUUAUGUAUUCGAUACAGAAGGCUUCCAAUUUAACUAUUCCUUUCAACAUCGAUUCUAAAACAGGGUCUCUUUACGUUGACCACGCUCCUCUGGUAUCGGGAAAGCAUCUUCUGUUUGUUGAAUCUUUCGACCAACCUCUGAAUCCAAGUGAAAGAAGAUCUGCCCUGGCAGUCGUUUCGGUUGAUGUUAAGGCACCUAGUUCCAAUUAUAAUAAUCAUGGUCUCCCAGACUUCAUUGGUGCGCCAUAUGAGUUCUGGGUAGGAGGAAAUGUAGGAAUUGGUACCAGUAUUGGUCAAAUUCGUGUCACGAAUAUUCCAAAUCCAAGAGAGCUGAUGUAUGACCUACUACAUGGAUAUCAUGAAGGAGUACCAUUUGCUGUAGAGGAAAGGUCUGGAACAAUAACAGUGGUAGAUGAGUUGACCAAAUUCAAAAGAGAGCAUUUUGAUUUUGAGGGUGUUGUAACGAAUGAUAAGGACGUGUACAUAGUAACAAACGUAACUGUGCAUGUGGUAGAUCCUCGAGAUGAAAAGACAAUAUUGAUGAAGGCAAGUUCAGCUCCUAUAGAAUUCCAUGUUAAGGAAAAUCAACCAAAUGUCCUGAUAGGAAAAUUGGGCUUCAAGAAUACAACUACAACGUCUCUCAAAUUUUCAAUUGCAAAUCAGAAGGAUGUUACAGAUCACAUAUCAAUCACUUCUGAUGGUACUCUCUUCACAAUUAAAGCGUUAGAUAGAGAGAUAAGAGACGUAUAUAGGCUCACUGUUAUAGCAGAAUUCACCAAAGGUCAUGCUUCUGGAACUGGCAUUUAUCAAGUAACUAUAUUUGUUGAUGACGAAAACGACAAUGAACCCAAGUUCGAGAGAUCGAGAUACGAGGGUAGAAUAACCGAAAAUAGCGUAUCCGGUACAGAAGUAGACCUGGAUUACCUAAUCCAUGUAAACGACAAGGACAUUGGUGAUAACGGACAAUUUACCGUGUCCAUGUUUGGAAAUGGUAGCGAAAUGUUCAGCUUGGAUAAGAACAGCGGAAAGGUAUAUUUCAUUAGUGCAGAUACUCCAUUAGAUCGGGAAGACUCUGAAAGCUUCAACCUUUUGCUGGUGGCAAAAGACAAAGGUGGUAUGAGCAGCGAAGCUAAACUUAACAUCAGAGUUGAAGAUGAAAAUGAUAACGCUCCCCUCAUUUACCAAUUAUAUGUGUACAAAGAGGUUGGAAUUCAAGUUUUGCAAUUUGAUAUGAUGGGUAAUAGAGUGGGCCACUUUGAAAGAGCUGGAAAUGGAUCUGAAGGAGUUUUUGUUUUAACGCAGGCUUAUCAGAGAGCCAAACGACCUAAAGAAAAAUCUUCACCUUUGAUUACAGUUCCAGAGGACGUCAAUAUAGGUUCCUCUAUCGUCAAACUGAUAGCACAAGAUGUGGAUGCUCCAGAAAAUGCCAUCAUCAAAUUCGAAAUAGUGUCAGAGAUGAAAUCAUCUAACGAUAAAAAUGCAGAACCUAUAAACUCAAUGCAAUAUUUCACCAUAAACUCGGUAUCUGGUGAAGUUGGUGUCGCCAAAUCUCUCAUACCAGAAACUGAAUUUCGACUAAACGUUUCUGCUUCAGAUAAAGCCGGUCUCAAAGACCACAUCCUACUCAGACUAAUGGUACAAGACAUCAACGACCACCCUCCAGUGUUCAAAAAGUCUUGGUACACUUUCGAUAUAGAGGAAUCGACUUAUUAUAGGAGAGUUCUAGGUACUAUCGAAGCUCUAGAUGCAGACUUCGGUUCCAAUGCCAAUAUAUCCUAUAUGAUCGACACUAAGGAUGAGACUGAUGAUCUACCAUUCUCUAUCUCAUCAAGUACAGGAGUUCUCAGUAUAAACGGACAGCUUGAUAGAGAAACCCAAGAUCGAUAUCGAUUCUCUGUUAUUGCUAAAGAUAAUCCAAAGAAAGGAAAGAGCUUGAGCAGUUCAGUUUUUGUAGAAGUUAACGUAUUAGAUGUUAAUGACAAUCCUCCGACCUUCUACGGUUACGAUGAUAUUUUGAAAUCUUCCAAAACCAGUAAGAACGAUGUUGAUGUUCAAGAUAGAAUUCCAAUUUACUAUGCCACGAUUGCCGAAAACAGCCCUAUUGGAACACCAGUUACAAGAGUUUUUGCAAACGACUCCGAUUUCACAGGAAAUGGCAAUGGUCUUCUUUUAUUCGACAUACCUUUCGUGAAGAAUAAAUCAAACCUUUUCACAGUUGAUUCCAAACAAGGUGUGGUGACAACAAUUGGAAAACUAGACUACGAAACUGACAAAGUCCAUAACAUAACUAUCAUAGCAUCAGAUUUGGGAUCACCAAGCUUGAGCUCAACAGCUCUCUUGGUCGUCAAAGUGAUAGAUGUACCUGAGGACCUCCGACUAUUUGAAAAACCAGUUUUUGCCCAUAGAUACUAUGAGAUAGAAGUUGAGGAAAAUGUUCCUGUACCCAUGAAACUACUCACAUUGAAUGUGACCGAUUUUUACAAAAACUACAAGUUCAGGUAUAGCAUUGUAGGUGAGAAGAAUGACGACAAUAAGAAGAUCUUCAAGAUUGAUCCCAGGAAUGGAACGUUAUUCGUUGUUAUGAGUCCAGAUAGGGAGAAGAAAUCUAGAUAUGAACUCAUCAUCAAACUGGAGGAAUUCAAAAUACGAAGAGAUAUGACUGUGAUGGUUUACCCAGUUUCGAGUGACAGAUUAGGAAAGCUUGGAUUAAAUGAAGUAAAAGUCAUCGUAAGAGUAACGGAUGUUAAUGACAAUCCACCCAAGUUCACCACAAUGGGAAGACCAAUCAUAGCUGCUAUACCAGCUUCUGCUAAUUAUGGAUUCCAUAUUCUACGUCUGCAGGCCAGAGAUCCAGACCUGGGGCUCAACGGCGAAGUCCGUUAUCAGAUUUUGGGACGUGCUGGUGAAUCUUCCAGGAGAUUCGCCAUCGAUCCAGUAACAGGCCAAGUACGCUCCAUCUCUAGUUUCAUCAAGGAUGCUGGGAAAGUUUUCGGCUUCGACGUGAAAGCUACCGAUCGAAGGGGCGCAGAUGACGGCAAGAGUUCUAUAGCCAACGUAUUCGUUUACAUAUUGGACGAGCAGAACCAGCUCGUUCUGGUGAUGGGAUUGAAGCCCGUCGAGGUGGAAAGAAGCAUAGAUAACAUAACUUCAGCUUUGUACAACGUUACCGGCUACGACAUCCGAAUUAGGAAAUUGGAACCACACUCGGAGAGGAAUCAACUAGAGGCAAGCGCAACCGAUAUGUACCUGUAUGCUGUGGACCCAUUAUUGAAUUCAGUUGUGGACAUGAACGACCUACAGCAAGUUCUACAGACUAGACACGAAGAGCUAGAGAGGUCUUUGAAUGGCCCUAAAGUACUUGCAAUAGCUUCAGGACCUAUACAAAGAAGUCAUUUCCGAAGUCAAAGGGUACUCUUAUCCUCUUUAGAAGUUGGAGUUGUGAUCUUGGGAUGUGUGGUGUUCAUUGGAGCUUUAGCGACAGCUAUAUGUGUUUUAUGUGUGAGGAAGAAGAAGAAAAAAUUAUUGCAAAAAGCAUUCACAAGACCCUUGAGCUACUCCCUGGCUGCAAACGGAAUAGGUAAACCCACAUUCUUCUCCCCAACAUUCACCGAAGGGCUUUGUUAUGAAACUGAUGGGCAUCGAUCAUCACACAGACAUGGCUACACCUCAAGACAGCAUGAUGUUUCUUGUCCACGUUACGUUCCUUCUCCAGAUCAUCGAGGCAGAUCUAGAAACUCUGGAGGAAUGAAGAGUGUAGCGUCUUCUAGUGGUCAAGACUCUGGUAUCGUUGAGACUCCUCAAUGUCAAUGUGGGAAUUUGAGCAGUCAUUCCUCAGAAGAGAGCAGUUAUGAAGAUUCUCUCCAGUCAGUGUCAGCACAUAGAAGGGAAACUAGAAACUCUUCAAUGAGGCACAGUAACCCGACUUUGAACGAGAAUCCUUCUCAUCGAGACCGUCGUUCUAGGAACAGAUCGAUCACUGAAGCCAUAGUAAGACCAUCUGGUCUUCACCGUCCUAUGUCGAUGACCCAUCUUUCAGGCUCACCGGCGUUCUUAGUUUCAGCUCCAACACCGGCUAUAAGAAAGUCCAACGAAAGACUGGUGCUCUAUCCUGUAAAUCAAUAGUAUUAAUUCAAUGGAAAAUCCCAAUGAAAACGAACUGAAAACUGUAAGAAACCGAAUGAUUCUGUGAGUGAUAAAAACAUAGAGUUUAAGUUUCUACUACGUCUCUCUAUCCAUCUUCUUGCCGAUUUUUUUUGGUCCUUGAUAAACGAUGGAAUUCGUUUCUUAGGAAUUAACAUAGCCAAGAACAUAUUGCAUAUGAAAAUGUUUCAUUCUUCUUUCUUUAUUGAGCGGAGAAAAUGUUGUUACCAUUAAGUACCUGACCUAUUUUCAAAUUUUUAACAGGAAUUCUUUUUAUGAGGUCAUUUUAGUUACCAUCGAAAUUUUCGAAUGUAUGUAUAUAUGGAUCGAUAAGGAGAAUUAAUUUUUUAUUUGAAGUUUUAUUGUAUGAUUUAUUUUUGUGUAUAUGAAAGUUUAAAUUAUUUUUUGAAAGGCCUUCGUGCAAUAUAGAUUCAUUGAUAUUUCAGAUGAAUUGAAUUUAUUAUGUAUAUAUGUAUAUUAAAAUGAAAUAUCUAUGAUAAAACAA